AUGUUAGCACUAAGGACGCUAUUAACCAUAUCUAUGCUAGCAAUUGCUAUUAAUGCUGAAGGUUUUGUUGAAGAAGUAUCAUGUACUGCUGAUGCUAUAAAUGUGGUACUAAAUAAAACGGAUCCGGAUAUUCAACGUUGGAUAUCAGAUCCAAAAGCGCAACCUGUUGUUUAUGUUUAUGAGCAUAAAACUCGUCCACCAUGUGGUACAGCAAUGAAAAAAGGAAAUUUAAUUAAUUAUAAUUUCACAAUUCCAUAUGGUGUUCAUUGUGAUGUUCAUUUAACUGAUUUGGAACCAAAUUAUCGUAAUGCUGAAACGACAAUAGCGCUUGAAGAUAAUACUGAUAUUACGCCAUCAAAAGCUAUACGUGUUAAUCACGUUUUCUGUUUAUAUACCAGAAGUGUGCAAACUAUUCGAUUUAAUGAUAUAUCAAGUGGUCAUGAAGUGGUUGCAUCAACUGGUGGAAAACCAAAACCUAAAGUUGAAAUGAUCUUUCGUAGCAUUGAUGGACGACCUUUACGAGCUGCUAAAUUUGGUGACAUUGUUGAAUUUUAUGUUGCCCUUUCACCAGAUAAAGCAUAUCGUGGAAUUAGCCCCAAAGAAUGUAUGUUUUCUGAUCGAGAGGAUAUGUCAUCACCUGAUGCAAAACAUUUGACAUUUGUCCAAAGCAGUUGUCCGGUUGAUGAAAUGAGUGAAAUUAUCGAUCCGUUGGCAAAUGUUAAUGAAGAGGUAUAUUUUUCGAAAUUUAAAACAUUUCGUUUCGGUAAUCAAUCAACAGUAUUUGCUCAUUGUACCGUUCAAGUAUGUCUUACUACCGAAGAAUGUGUACAGAAAUGCUUCAAACGAAUUAGCAAUUUGAAUUUAACUGCUGAACGAUUACGUUUUCGUCAUAGACGUCAAUUGGAUGAUGAUUACGAUCUGACGACAGUAAUUCGUAAACAAAAUGCUAUCAAUGAGAUUGCAUUAACACGACCGUUGACAAUUUUGGAUGAUUUGGAAAGCAAUGAAGUAAAUGAUAAGAAAGUGGAGCAAUGUCAUAUUAACAACAGUGCUAUAAUAUCAUUACCAAUUAUUAUUCUUAUCUUAUCACUUUCAAUGCUAUCAAUUAUUUGCCUCACUGGGUUGAUAUUUACUCUAAGACGAUUGGCUGCAUAUAAAAAACUCACUCCAUUUGGCAUAUAUAGUGCUUAUUCUGGACCAACAGUAUCGCUUCCAAUACGUACACUUACCAAUUCAACGGCGCGUAGUUUAACGACAAAUGGUAAUCGAACAACUUGGAUUGAUCAGUUAUCGGCAGGAAUUGAAUAUCCGUAUGUUCGAGAAAUGUAUUGA